UUUCCUUCUUGUUUUGUUUUCAUUUUCAGUUGUCGAUUGCGUUUCAGUGAGUGUGUUUCGGGUGUUUUUGUGCAUAAUUGUGUUUUUCUGGGCGUAUUACUUUGAGGAAUUAAAGAACGACUCUUUACCGUGCAGAGCCCAUUUCACUUUCAACCCGUGCUUAUCAGCCCCUAAACCAAAAUGACUGAAUCAUCGCCCGUCGAACAGGAGCAAGUGGUGAUGACGCCCAAAGGAAAAACGGCAAAUUCCACAACGAUCAUGAUCGAACGCAAACUAGUACAAAAAGCCAGCGAAAAAAUGCACGUUGCUGGCGGCGAACACACCGGAAUCAUCAUAAAUAAAGAAACCGCCCUAGGCAAUGGGGAAAUAUGCGUUCCAGCUCAACUGUCGCUAGUCUUUAAGGUGUUUUUAGUGAAUGCACAAACCAAAAAUCACACACAAGAAUCGCGGAAUUUGCGGUUUUGGUUCCGGGCGCCGAAAAAUUGCCAGGACAAUCUAUGCGAGGAGAAUCAGGCAGCGGUUGCUCAGGACUUUUUCAGAGAACUAGUCAGUCCCAAAGACUUCCCACGGGACUACGUGGGUUUUAUUAAAAAAAUCAUGAAGCUGAUGCAGCACAACUAUUCGGAAAUUAACAAGUUGGAAGUCGAGCUGAAGAUCCUGGACGAGCCGGCAGAAGUGCCGAGCAGACCACCUAAGCCUGGUUACUGUCGCAUAGAUCUACAUAACUGUCAUGUCUCACUCUUUAGAUCAGUGUCGGCCGAAGAAAGUUUCUUAGGCCACGACCAGGUGCUUACGCGAGAGAAAGUGCUGGAAAUCAUCGAAUCGGCCUAUCCAAAUCCAGUGACCAUACCGGAAAUUGCCAAAGAAAACAAUUGGGAUGAAGAGGAAGUGGCUCAACAUUUCACCGACCUCCAGACGCGGCAGCUGGUCAAAGCAAUGGAACAUGGAGCGUUCACUCGCCAACAAAGCCAUGAUACGGAAGUCACCAUCGUCAAGCAAAUGCCCACGAUGGCCAGUGCCAAACAACCCACAAUCGCCAUUAUUACUGCUCAGUAUUGCGAAAAACUGGCCGUCGAUGCCAUGAUAGAGAACAAGGAAACUUUCGUCCGGUAUACGACCGUUGGUCCUUCCAGUCCGGUGGGUGAUUAUGGUAAAGCCAGAUGUGGCGAAUCAAACGUUUAUACUCUGGGCAACAUCGGCGCCCAUCGCAUCGUUUGCACAAAACUGCCCACAGUUGGGCGCACAAGGGAGGCAAUGACGGCUGCAGGAAACACCACGACUCGGUUAUUAGGCACUUUCCAGAAAGUCGACUUUGUGUUCCUAGUGGGAGUAGGCGGAGGCGUGCCUCACUACACCGAUUACAACAAGCACGUUCGACUGGGCGAUGUGGUGGUUUCGUGCCCUACUCGAAACAAGAGCAUCUACCUCUACUGUGAGAACGCCCAAGUUUCCGACAAGGGAUACCAGUUCGAGAUCAAGAACUACAGCCCGAACAACUUCUGCUUGCAGGACAUCGCCACCCAAUUGAAGCUUUCAUCCGAUCAGGAUCCUUCUCUAACUCCCCCAUGGUUGACGUACCUGAGCAGCGGCCUAAAGAUCUUAACAUCGCAAAAAGAACCCGAUUUCAAUGCCCCAAGUGGAGAGACUGAUAAACUGUACAUGAGCAUAGGUGAGAGGGAUCUGAUUGAAGUCGCCCAUCCCGUCCCGCAGGAUGGCAGCAUCAAGAGGCAAGCCGGUUGUCCAAGAAUCCAUCUGGGGCCGGUGGCGGCCGGUCGGCACGUUGUCAAGGAUGACCGCUUAAGACAGCAGUUUGCCACCCAAGUGGGCGCAUUGGCGUUUGAUUGUGAAUUCGACGCUGUGAUCGAGUCCAUCCUGGGCAAUUGCAAGGACAGCUUCGUCUGCAUACGGGGCAUUUCGGACUACAAGGAUGGAACCAGGCGAAAAGAGUGGCAGCCCUACGCGUCUCUAGCCGCCGCUAGUGUCAUGAAGAGCAUCGUAUGCGGCAUGGAGGCCCCAACUAACGUCUAGUUUGCCAAUCUUUACUUCAGCUCUCUUAUGACACACAAUAAAGCAGCGAUAUUUGAGCAUUUAAAGCAUUUAAACGAAUUUGCCAGGCACUAAUCAUUUCCAAAUAGCGCACCUUUGGGCGUGCACAUCGAAAUCGACCAAACGUAGAACUUCUAAACUUAUCUAGGCUGUAGGAAGAAAAGUACUGUCGUUAGGAAUGGAGUUAAACCGCCGCUCGUUUGGUGCCGGCCAAUCCUUCUGCGGUUUAAGCCAAUCCAUUUAUCACUAGUUUAACAAAGUUACCGAUAGUUAGUUAAAAGUAUAAAUGUUGCGGGGUGUUUUCACGUUGCCAGAAUUGUUGCAACUGAGCAUUCGAAGACUGUGUCAUUAUUAGGAUUAGGAAUUAAUUAGUCUUCUAGAUGGACAUUUCUGAGCAACACUAGCUAUCAAGACCAAUACUUUUCUGUAUAUUCCGUUGUUUUUGUCUAUUGUGUUUAUUUUAUUAUUUACUUGCCAUAGCAGGACAAUGUUCCCCAACAUAACUGUGUCGUUCUAUUUAUUUUACAUAGUGUCAAAGUAAUAUAUUGCAUUGAUUUUUUUAAUUAAA